AUGUCUUUUCGUGAAGCACAUUUUCUUACAGUCCCUAAUGCUGAACUGUCAUCUGUGUCGAGCCUUUCCGAGUCACCAUUCGGCUCUCUGUCGAACAGCAAGGUAACAGAGCCCACUGAGUCCGUUUUGGGGUCAGAUUCUGGUGUCUCUGAGACGCCCACCCCGUUCACUGCGAGUGUAACCGAUGGCACUGACGUUUCGACGGUUCGACAGUAUCAUGAUCAGUCGGUAAACGCAUCCCAAAGCAAAAUGGGUAACAGUGCCAUGGACAUUUGCCCUUCUGGACUCUAUCACUCUAGCAGUUUGCCACCAUUUCACACUUCGCCUUCCAGACCUGGUCGAGCCCCUCUUCGUACAAUAGACCUACCGCCACACUUGCCCUGCUUUAAGGGGACAGGUGAAUCGACCAGUGUAGUCAUCGAGCGUUCUCGAUUUCUCCCGAGCGGGCAAGAGAAUGUGACGAGGUCUGCUUCUUUUACUGAGCCCUCCAAGCGUGAAUUUGCCGCUGCAUCUGACUCGGCGUCCGCCAAUCCGUUCCUUGCCAGUCGGUCGGAUUUCGGUCGCAGCACGUUGGGCGAAGUUAGCCACAGUAUCCAGUCUACCGUUCCACCGUUAAAUCAAUCCAUGAAAGCUAAACCUGCGUCCCUGACAUUCAGCGAUGCGAUCCCGCUUGUAGAAGGCACACCUCAUAUGGGGGCGAGAUGGCCCAAGUGGUUAGAGCGCGAAUUUACUGGCCGGAAUGUCCGUGGUUCGAACCCGGCCUCCGCACCUCGACUUUUCCUGUCAAGGCUUGGGAAACCUGGCAGUACCCCAGCCCUCAUGCUUUCUUCGGAUGGCAUGGCAGCUAGGCACCAAAUGGCGUCACAGCCGAACCUUUCCGUCGGGCACCUACGUGUGAAUGGGAAACCUUACUGGAUUCUCGGUGAAAUUGGUCGUGGUGGUUCUUCUGUGGGCCACGGAUGUAGUCGUGAUUGUCACUCAUUUGCGAGUUACAUUAGUGUUCCAGGGGCGAGAUGGACCAAGUGGUUAGAGAGCGAAUUUACUGACCGGAAGGUCCGUGGUUCGAACCCUACCUCUGCCACUCGACUUCCCCUGUCUAGGCCUGGGCGACCUGUCAGUAUCCCAGCCCUUCGUACACGUCAAAACAACCACCAAAGGUGCACAAGGUCUAUUAAUGCCCAAAACCAAGUCGAGAAUAGUUGUACAGCGCUUCGUAUAUAUAGCGUAAGCAGUUAUAACUUUCUGGAAUUUCUGACACGUUCUGGAUGCGCCAUUGGCAACCGGCAUUUGGCCAAUACUGGAUCUCGUCUUGAUGCCGGACCGGCAAGCGUCCCGAAUUCUGGGCCAACCUCGAGCGGGCCAGGCUUCUCGGCCGUAGCAGCGCCUAAAGACGUGCGGUAUAGUGGGAUCCGCAGAUGGCUUAAGUGGUUAGAGCGCAAAUUUACUGACCGGAAGGUCUGUGUUACGAACCGGAUCUCUACCUCUCGACUUCCCCUCUCCAGGCUUGCGCAGUCUGGCAAUAUCCCAGCCCUCGUGCUUUCUUCGGGUAGCAUGGCAGUCUAUUCUGCACUAGACUCUGAUCAGAACCUGUGGGCUUUGAAGGAUGUCAAUUUACGUGGUGCUUCCAAGGAAUUGGCCGAUUCCUACCUGAACGAGGUUGACAUGCUUCUAACACUACGGGAUACUGGAAGAGUCAUUCGGCUGCAUGAUCAUGAACAGACCCCUACAAACCUGUAUCUUAUACUGGAACUGGCGAGCGUAGAUCUGAAGGACGUUUUUAUGGAACUAUUCGAGGUGACGGAUAGCCUACCGGAUGACUGCCCUAUGGCUAAACUGUCUCCGUUGGCUGUUGCGUUCUACUGGGAUCAGAUGCUACGCUGUGUCAAGGUAUUGCACGACAAACGCAUUGUCCAUUUGGAUUUGAAGCCCCAAAACUUCGUCUUGGUUCGUGGCAAGCUAAAAUUGAUUGAUUUGGGUGUUAGUCAACGACUCCCGGAUGAUUGCACCCGUGUCAAUCCGGCUCUCCAGCUGGGCACGCUCACCUACAUGAGUCCGGAACAACUGGACAUUCCCACCCCGAGUUCCUCUUGUCGAAGCUCCUGUAAUCCUAACAUGGCUGCAGAAGAACGGUUCCGGAUUGGUCGAAAGUCAGAUAUCUGGGCUCUCGGUGUUAUGCUGUAUCUAAUGGUCUACAGCCGAUCCCCCUUCCCCCAACCGACAAUGCAGGGUCGACUGUUAGCCAUAAUCAAUCCGGCUGUGGCCAUCGAAUUUCCACCGAUUGAAAAUCAGGGUAUUUAUAAGGCUUUGCAGCGCUCUCUUGUCCGAGAUUACAAGGAUCGAGCUUCGGUGGAAGAGUUGUUGAGCAUCAAAUACGGUUCUUAAAUGCAGUCCAUCGCCGAUUCAUCACCGUUCUUGUUCACGAGUCCUCAGCGGUGGAUGCCACAACCACCUUGUAAACUGUGUUCGAUGAUCCCAACUGCUCCCUUUCAAAUUCUUCGUGUACAUAUGCUCACCGCUCCUACUCUGUCUAUUUUGUCUUGCUAAUUUACACUUGUGC